AUGACUAUCUACCAUACAAAGCUCUUGCUCUCAACUGUGCUCAUUUUGGGAGCACUUACGGAAAUCAACUGCUUCCAACCACUUCCCCGUACUCUUGGGAUACCCAAACUCGCCGCUGCCAAACUUGAUGUCGACGGGGAUAAGUCGAAGGCGCUGUCUGGUAGCAGUGACGAAUCCACCAACUACAAUUACAUUGGUUUCAACACGGACCAAAAUACCCCCUACGUCCCUUCGGGCAUGUCACCAGAACAAUAUGCACAAAUCAAAAAGACGGAAGCCGCCAAAGCGGCCAGUAUGGACUUUGGAGCCUGGGGACCACGCUUCAAACAGACUGCGGCGCCGGGGGGAGACUGGAUGGUUAACACCAAUUUAUGGGUCAAGGGAUUCCAGCAACAACGGGAUGUUGCCUUGUUGUCGCAAGAUGAUGUAGAACGACAAGAAACUCGUCAACGACAAUGGAACGCCGUCAAGAGCACGCUUCCCUCGCUCUUUUUGGCCUAUCUGAUGGUGGAUAUCCUGCUCAUUUCAUUGGCGUCCGUCCGAUCCACCCAACAAGUCGUGUGGUCGGUACUACUGGCCCAACAAGGAAUCCUACAAGCCGCACGGCAACACACCACUGUGGUGUUUGGUAAACUACACGUUCUUGUACUCAAGCUUUCCCUGACGGCCGUGGCAACGCCCUUUCUGCACAAGUAUCGAGAUAUUGCCAAUCGACGAUGGCUCUGGUCGCCAAGAAAAAUUGUUGCGACACCUUUGCUGGCGGCGGGUGCUAUGCUGGUCCUGAAAAUGGCACUGAUUGUGGGCAUUAAAGCUGUUUUGCAGUGA